AUGGCUCGCCACGGGGAUACUCGCUCACCAUCGCCUGUAGGCAGCACAUAUUCUUCAUCCCGGCGGCCUCGCAGAGAGGAUAAUCGCUAUGACAGAAGCAGACGGGAUGAUGGGCGUAGUUAUCGCAGGUCCCGCAGCCCAGAGAGACGAUACCGAGAGCGCGACCACCCCCGUGACAGAGAUGGGUAUCGACGCCGAGACCUUCCACUAGAUCGACGCGAUGAGGAUACUUAUCGUCCGGCUCGGAGAGACCGAUCCCGAGAACGCCGACGUGAUGAUAACCAUGAGCUUCGUCGCAGAAGUCGGGAUAGAGAUUACCGAAGCAGGCGAGAUGACUCCCGCGACCGGGAUCGGAGGCGGAUAGAUGAUGCUGCUGAUUUUAAGCCCAAGUCUAGACGGGAUGACAGCCGUGAUCGUGCUCCAAACCGACGGUCCACGUCCAGACCUCGGGAGCCUUCAAAAUCGUCCAUGCCCGCCUCAACCGUCCAGGCAGACGAGGAAAAGAAAGCCGAAAGACUUGCCAAGCUUGAAGCAUGGAAGCAGAAGCAAGCCGCUGAGCGCGAGAAAAAGCAACGAGAACAGGCAGCGGACGAUCCCAAAAAGAUCCUUGAUGCGAUUGAUCGUAAAUCGGCUUUUUCUCCGGCUCUGGGCUCACCACAGACCCCGGUGACUCCGGCCGAGUAUCCAACCCCUACCGCAUAUCCCGGAAAGUUUGAUCCCAAGGCCAUCGUCAAAUCAGCAACCACAAAUUCGGCCAUUCCCGCGGUUCUUGGUACUGAUGUUGCCGUUCCGACGUCUAGCAAGGUCCCAUCCGUGCCGAACGUCAAUGUACCUUUUCCUGCGCCCGCCAAGCUCUCGGGUCCCCUAAAGCCCAAAGGUAAUGUCAGUGGGUUUGGCCUGGGUGCGAAAGCUGUUUUCGAAACGGAGAAACCGUCUGCCCCCAAGACUUUAGGCUUUGGGGACGAAGAAUCCGCACCCAAAAAACUUGAAAAGUUGCCUACGCCUCCGCUCGAUGAUGAUAGGAAUGCGAGUGCAACGGCAGACGAUGCCGGGGAUGACGAUGAUACUGAAAUGCAAGGUGGAGGAGUGGAAGAAGAAAAGGACGUUGCAUUGGCAACAGGUGUCACUGCUGAACGAGGAGACGAAUUGCUUAAGAAUGAAGAUGGCGAUGUUAACAUGGAGGAGACGAUAAACGGGCAGAUCGGUGUUAUUCCCAUGGAGAUUGACCAAGUCGAAGAAGUGGACCCCCUAGAUGCAUUCAUGUCUGAACUGCAAGACGCACGCCCACCCAAGAAGACAACUGGGGCUACAUUCGCCAAGAAACAGAAUCAGAAGCGCCCAGAGGCGAUGUUCGGCGACGAUGAGGAUAUGGGUUUCACUGCUGUCGGUGACGAGGACGCUGAGGAUGUCCUGGCCAUGGCGGCGAACAAGAAAAAGAAACGGGAGAUCCCUGUUGUCGACCACUCUAAGAUCGAAUAUGAGCCAUUCCGCAAGCAGUUUUACACCGAACCUUCCAAUCUUGCCGAGAUGACCGAAGCGGAAGUUGCAAAUUUGCGACUCGAGUUGGAUGGUAUCAAGAUCCGCGGUUCGAAUGUCCCAACACCCGUUCAAAAGUGGUCGCAGUGCGGAUUGGGAGUGCAGACACUGGAUGUCAUUCACAAGCUUGGUUAUGAGAAUCUCACAUCCAUCCAAGCCCAAGCAAUUCCCACAAUCAUGUCGGGUCGCGAUGUCAUUGGCGUGGCGAAAACUGGAUCAGGCAAGACUGUUGCUUUCCUAGUUCCGAUGUUCCGGCACAUCAAAGACCAACGACCCCUGGCUAAUAUGGACGGUCCGAUCGGUUUGAUUCUAUCACCCACCCGAGAACUGGCCACACAGAUUCAUAAAGACUGCAAACCUUUCCUGAAAGCCUUGGGUCUCCGUGCUGUCUGUGCCUAUGGUGGAGCACCCAUUAAGGACCAGAUUUCCGAAUUGAAACGAGGAGCCGAAAUCAUUGUGUGUACUGCCGGUCGUCUCAUUGAUCUGCUGGCCGCCAACCAAGGGCGAGUUCUCAACCUGCGCCGCGUCACAUAUGUCGUGUUGGACGAGGGAGACCGUAUGUUCGAUAUGGGCUUUGGCCCACAAGUUUUGAAGAUCAUGGCCAAUAUGCGACCGGAUCGACAAACAGUCCUUUUUUCGGCCACAUUAUCCAAGAACAUGGAAUCUUUGGCACGUAAAACGUUGCAGCAGCCAGUCGAGAUCACAGUGGGCGGGCGGAGUGUUGUAGCUCCCGAAAUCACACAAAUCGUCGAGGUCCGGAACAAUGACCAAAAGUUCGUCCGCCUAUUGGAGCUCCUAGGAAACAUGUACGAAGAUGAAGCAAAUGAAGACGAUCGCACGUUGAUUUUUGUGGACCGUCAAGAGUCUGCAGACGAUCUGCUCAAACAAUUGAUGUGUAGGGGCUAUCCGUGUAUGUCGAUUCAUGGUGGAAAGGAUCAGAUUGAUCGCGACACCACGAUUUCCGAGUUCAAGGCAGGCGUAUUCCCUAUUCUAGUUGCAACAUCAGUGGCAGCUCGUGGCUUAGAUGUCAAGCAACUCAAGCUUGUUGUCAAUUAUGAUGCACCUAAUCACCUGGAGGAUUAUGUCCAUCGUGCCGGCCGCACUGGUCGGGCUGGAAACACUGGAACUGCGGUGACAUUCCUCACUGAGGAGCAAGAGCGGUAUGCUGUGGAUAUUGCAAAGGCUCUCAAGCAAAGUGGACAAGAGAUUCCUGCGCCUAUCCAGAAGAUGGUCGAUUCGUGGGUUGAGAAAGUCAAGUCCGGAAAAGAAAAGAACUUCGGCCAUGGAUUUGGUGGUAAGGGCUUGGACCGUCUCAAUUCAGAGCGAGAUGCUGCGCGAAUGCGUGAGCGGAAAGCAUACAAGACUGGGGAUGAUAACGACGACGAAGAGGAGGAUAAAGACGAGAAACAGGAGGAAUCAAAUGAUCGACUUAACAAGGCUAUCUCGGCCGUGCAAUCCGCAGCCGCUCCAGCGUCCGCGUCUUUGUCAGGUGUCCCUAAGGGUGUUGAUCUGGAUGGUAAGGUCAUUGUACAUCGCACAGAGAGAGCUUCCCCGAAUGCGCCGAGAAAUGCAUUAGACAAGGUGGGAUCCGCUGUUGCUGAUAUUCACGCACGUUUGAGUCGUGCGGGUGUCAUGAGAUCGGGUGUGCCGAUUGAUAAUCGUGGACCUGAUGCCGGUGCAUUCCAUGCAACACUCGAGAUCAACGAUUUCCCUCAAAAAGCACGUUGGGCCGUUACCAACCGCACUAAUGUGGCCAAGAUUCUGGAAUCAUCCGGAACUUCUAUCACGACCAAGGGCAACUUUUACCCUAGCGGAAAGGAACCUGGUCCCGGAGAACUUCCUAAGUUGUACAUUCUGGUUGAAGGCGAGACGGAGAUUUCAGUCACCACCGCCAUACAUGACCUUCGGCGUCUGCUUAAAGAUGCAACACUGGCAGCUUCUGAAGGUGAAGCACGCGCCCCGGUGGGUGGCCGGUACAAUGUUCUCUAG